AUGCAAAGCAUAGACCAUGAACAUUAUACUAAAGUAAAAAAAUUACCUGGAGGAGCUUAUGGUAAGAUUUAUCUGUGUAAAUGUGAAAAACCUAUACAUAAUAAAAGAAUAUUUUAAUGGAUUCCUUCAUUAGUAGAAAUAGAAACUCAUCCAUAAUAUGUAGUAAUAAAAAAAUUCAAGCCUUUAAAAAAGAGAGUGGGAUUAGACAUAGAUAGUUUGCGUGAGGUAAGAUUUAUGAAUACUAUGAUUCACUAAAAUUUGAAUAUACCUAAGCAUGUGUUUAUGAAAACAUCAAAAAAAAGGAAUGAUGAUACUUUUGGCUCAAUUUGCUUUGUUUAUGAUCAUAUGGUUUCUCUGUUUGAGAUAUUAUCAGUUUUCAGGGAGUCUAAUGAAUCAAUUCAAGAGAGUGAUAUCAAAUUAAUGCUUCUCUAAAUAUUAUAGGGAUUUGAAGAGCUUCAUUAAAAAAUGAUUCUUCAUCGAGAUUUUAAACCUGAAAAUGUUUUAGUAACAAAGGAUGGUAUUUUAAAAAUAACAGAUUUUGGUUUAGCAAGAUUAUGGGAAGAUAAGCCUAUGACAACAUAAACAUGUACUAUGCAAUAUAGAUCACCUGAACUUUUUUUCAAUGCUUAAAAAUAUGGUCCUGCUUUAGAUGUAUGGGCAAUAGGUUGUGUAUUUGCAGAGUUUUAUCUUAAAUAACCUUUAUUUUCAGGGGAGAGUGAGAUUAAAAUAUUAUCUAAAAUGGUAAAUAUACUUGGAAAUCCUACUGAAAAAAAUUGGCCAGGUUUUUAAAAUUUGCCUUAAGUUGUUCAAUUUGAGAAAAGGGACUCAAUGAAUUUAUUUAAAUUAUUACCAAAAAUGAGUAAUGAUGGAAUUGAUUUAUUAUCCAAAAUGUUAUAAUAUGAUCCAAAUAAAAGAAUUAGUAUAAAGGAUGCUUUGAAUCAUAAAUAUUUUAAUUAAAUCGAAUCAUAAAAUUUGACAAAAAAGUUAAUGCAAAUUAUACAUAGUAAAUUAAAUUGA